GAAAUUUCAAAUUUUUUUUUGUUGAAAUUUUGUAUUCUAAUGGUCAAUCAACAUACCCCAAACUCCAUACACAAAAUUAUUCUCAGAUUUGAAGCCGAAAUCUAUGAAAAAGGGCACUCAGAAAAAUUGAAAAAUUGAUAAAUCACCCCAAAUUGCUUAACACGAUUUUAUCUCAGGAACUAUAAGUGCAAAUGAGCUGAAAUUUCCAGGGAUUGUAGAACCUUGAUUGGGAUAAAAUUCAGUGAAAGAUUCAGCUUUCUAUCUAUAAUAGAAAAAUAGUUAUAAUCUUUCAAAGUUAUAGUCAAAAUUUGAACUUUUGUCAACUCUGGAAUCGCAUUCAAAGCUCAAGAGCCGAUAAUAAUCAAAAUUUCGAAUGAUCAUUAGCAGCUCUACAAAAAAUCCCAUGUUUUUUCAUUACAAGAGUAGGAGGGCCUGUCUGUAUAUCCUUAGGGACCCAGUGCAUCCAUCAAGCGCCGCCACUGAUAGGUAUAUUUGUCUACGAUAAUAUUCAGAAUAUUCUUAAGUACUUUAGCAUUGCAUAUUAUGAACUCACAUUUUAAUGAUAAGUAUUAAUUAAUCAGUUAGUGACAUCACGAGGUGGCAAUAGUAUGAAUUCAAACCUACCUACCGCAGAAACAAAAAACCUACUUCCAUUAUUAUAUUGGAAAAAAAUUGAAAUAAUUUAAAUCAAUAGGAUGGAGAGUGCUAAGGAUGCUGAGGCUAGGGAAAAAGCCAGAGUUGAAAAUCCUUAUCUGAAAGCCGGGAUUUUCAAAAAAAUGUUUUUCAUAUGGGUAUUUCCAGUGUUCUACAAGGGCUACAAAUAUGGCCUAACAGAAAACGACAUUUUUUCUCAUCUACCAGAUCACGACUCUGAGAUACUCGGCAAUAGGUUGGAAAAAGAAUGGCUCAAAGAGCUGAAAAUGAACAAAAAACAUCCAUCAUUAUGGAGAGCAAUGGCAAGAGUAUUUGGAAAGGAAAUGUUCUUUUCCGGUACAGGAGUAUUUAUGUUUGAAUUGAUCAGGCUCACAUUACCACUAACUCUAUCAAAACUCUUGGAGUUCUUUGAACCAAACUCAACUAUGGAAAUAAGCGAAGCCUACAUGUACGCAGCCCUGCUCAGUGUCACAACUUUAACCCAAGUUUCCUUUAUCCAUCACGCCAUGUUCCACAUUUUCCACAUGGGCAUGAAACUUCGCGUAGCUACAGUGGCUGUAGUCUACAGAAAAGCUAUCAGACUCAGCAACUCUGCCUUGGCCGAAACCACCAUCGGUCAAAUGGUCAAUUUGAUAUCCAACGACGUGUCCAGGUUCGAAAAUUGCACUUACAACGUGCACAAUUUAUGGAUUGGACCGAUACAACUUUUUAUUUUGUUUUUUUUGUUGUACUCUUAUGCUGGAUGGACUGGGUUGACGGGUAUCGCUAUAUUGUUAUGUGUGAUACCAUUUCAGAUAUGGAUGGGUAAAAAAGCCUCAGUAUUUCGUUUAAAGACGGCAUUGAAAACCGACGAAAGAAUACGUCUCAUGAACGAAAUCAUAGGAGGAGUGCAAGUAAUCAAAAUGUACACUUGGGAAAAGCCUUUUACGAAACUAGUCGAAAUCAUAAGAAGAUUAGAAAUGAAAGAAAUCCGCAAGAAUUCAAUCCUCAAAGCCAUCCACGCUUCGUUCAACUUGUUCCUCACAAAAGUCUUAGUUUACUCUUGCAUCCUCGUCUACACACUCACAGGCAAUACGGUAAAUGCCCAAUACGUCUUUGGACUAUCGAUUUUUUACGAGCUGCUACGACAAUGUCUUAGUCAAGCGUUUGCUCAAGGCAUAGCCCAAAUGGCCGAAGCAAUGAUCUCCACUAGAAGAAUCAGGCAAUUUUUACUAUACGACGAACUAAAUCCUGAGUUCACUUUGGCGGCUCUAGAAGGUGGCAGGGAUUUUAAAACAAGCGUUACUGGAUCUAUGCUAAUUGCCAAACCGAUUCCUGAUCACACUAAGCCUGUCGGCAUUAAGCUGGAAAAUGUUUCAACUAAAUGGAUCAAGACAAGUGAAGAAUUGAAUUUGAAGUAUAUAGAUUUUGAUUUGGAGCUUGGACAAUUGGCUACUGUAAUUGGUAAAGUUGGCAGCGGCAAAUCAACUUUAUUGCAUGUGUUUUUGAGAGAACUUGUGCCUGUAGUGGGAAGAGUAAAUAUCAAUGGUUCCAUAUCCUAUGCAUCUCAAGAGCCUUGGUUAUUUGUGGGUAGUGUACGUCAAAAUAUCCUCUUUGGCCAGGAAUUUGAUGCAGUCAAGUACCAUCAAGUAAUCAAAGUGUGUGCCUUGGAACGGGACUUUAGCCUUUUUCCUUAUGGAGAUGGUACCAUAAUUGGAGAGCGAGGAGUGUCUUUGAGUGGAGGCCAAAGGGCUCGAAUCAAUUUGGCCAGAGCUGUUUACAAAGAAGCUGAUAUUUACUUACUGGACGAUCCAUUGUCAGCAGUAGAUGCUCACGUUGGCAAGCAAAUAUUUAAGCAAUGUAUCGAAAAGUAUUUGAAAGACAAAUGUGUUGUGCUGGUCACGCAUCAGCUGCAAUAUUUGAAAGACUGCAAGAACAUUUAUUUGUUGAAUGACGGCAAAGUGGAACAUUCUGGGAGUUUUGAGGAUAUUAAAAAAGCUGGUAAGGAAUUUACUAGUUUGCUGGAAGAAAUUAAAAAGUUAGAGGAAGAGGAAGCGAAAAAGGAGGCCGAAGAAGUGAGAAAGAGGAAGAUUACUCAAACAUCAAUUGCAGAUGACGAAGAAAAAGCUUUGGAGCCUACAUUUGCCAAAGAAUCUAAAAUCGAAGGCAAAGUCACUUGGAGCAUGUACAAAUCCUAUUUCUUAGCUGGAGGCAAUGCCUUCAAGGUCCUUGCAGUUGCAUUCUUAUUUGUUUUCUCACAAGGAAUAUUAAGCUUUGUUGAUUACUUCUUGAGCCUUUGGGUGAAUUAUGAAUUAAUGAAACAACAGAACAACCUAACAGAAACAGCCAAUGACACACUAAUAAUCCAAAACCUAGACAGUGCCCAGUACUCCUUAAUCCAAAAACUGUGGUACCAAUACCUCACCGAUGAUAUUUGCCUCUACAUCUACACGUUCCUUAUAAUAAUUGUUGGACCUUUGGUAAUGGGACGCGCAAUAAUAUUUUUCAAUUGUUGUAUCAAUGCUUCCAUCAACCUUCACAAUAAUAUGUUUUCCAAAAUUAUUUAUGCUCCAAUGAGAUUUUUCAAUUUGAAUCCUUCUGGGAGGAUUUUGAAUCGGUUUUCUAAGGAUAUGAAUUCGGUGGAUGAAUAUCUGCCUUCAACACUUUCAGAUACUGUGCAGAUCGGUUUUAUGAUAGCAGCCAUUAUAGUUGUAGUUGCCACAGUAAUUCCAAUAAUUCUAGUACCAACUGGCAUUAUAUUGACUAUAUUUUAUUUGAUCAGAGUUGUUUACCUUGCCACUAGUAGGGAUAUAAAAAGAUUUGAAGCUCUAACCCGAAGUCCUGUAUACUCGCAUCUUACAGCCACCCUGCAAGGACUAACAACCAUUAGAGCAUUCGGAGCUCAGCAUUUAGUCAGAAAGGAAUUCGACAACUACCACGACGCCUACAACUCAGCUUAUUUCAUGUUUCUUGCCGCUAACAGGACGUUCGGGUAUUGGUUGGAUUUGUUUACCUCCUUGUUCGUUUCAAUGGUGACUUUUAGUUUUUUGCUAUUCAAAAAUGAUUCCUUUGGUGGUAGUGUAGGUUUAGCCAUCUCCCAAGCCAUAAACUUAGCAGGUUGGUUCCAAUACGGUAUACGUCAAUGGAGUGAAAUGGAAAAUACAAUGACCUGUAUUGAAAGAGUAAAAGAGUAUGCGGAAUUGGUACCCGAACCAGAUUCACAGGCCAAAGAGCCUGCGAAAACUUGGCCUGAAACUGGCUCAAUGAAAUUUGAUAAUGUUUGCCUCAGAUAUGCUCCAGAUGAGCCCUACGUUUUGAAAGAUUUGAGUUUCCAAAUCAAACCUACAGAGAAAGUUGGUAUCGUUGGCAGGACUGGUGCUGGAAAAUCCUCAAUAAUUGCUGCACUGUUUAGACUUGCUGAAAUCGAUGGCCAAAUUCUAAUCGACAAUGUUGAUAGUAAGACAAUAUCUUUGAACAAGCUCAGGUCAAACAUAGCAAUUAUUCCACAAGAACCCGUAUUGUUUUCUGGAAGUUUGAGAAAGAAUUUGGAUCCGUUUGAUGAAUAUAAUGAUGAGAUUCUUUGGAAUGCUUUGGAAGAAGUUGAACUAAAAACCGCCGUAUCUGAUUUGCCUCGUGGAUUAGAAAGCAAAAUGUCUGAAGGUGGUUCAAAUUUCAGUGUGGGUCAAAGGCAACUGGUCUGCUUGGCACGUGCGGUAGUAAGAAAAAGCAAAAUUCUAGUGUUAGACGAGGCCACUGCUAGUGUGGAUCCUCACACGGACAGUUUGAUUCAAACAACAAUAAGAAAAAAGUUUGCUGGAUGUACUGUGCUGACCAUAGCUCAUCGAUUACAUACUAUCAUGGAUUCAGAUAAAGUAUUGGUGAUGGAUGCUGGAAAGUCGGUUGAAUUCGAUCAUCCUUAUGUUUUAUUGCAAGACGAGCAAAGUAUAUUCUCUUCGCUAGUAGAACAAACUGGCAAAAGUAUGGCUGCGAAUCUACGUGAAAUUGCUGCUAGGACCUACCAGAUGCAGUAGAACUUGAUAUAUGAGACCAUAAGAUUGUGAUAUUUAUUUAAGAUGCAAUAUGAUUUGUUUCAAUUAAUAUACCUAGACAAAAUGAUGUAUGUU